UCUGUAUACCUUAUAUUUUAUGUCAAAACUUUUUAACUUCUUCUGGCCUUUCUUCUUUUUAAUUAAAUCUUUAAAACAUUCAAAUCUUUCGGCAUUCUUGAAAAAAUUUUCAAUUUUCGGAUAUUCUUUUUUUAUAAUUUCAAAUCUAUUUUUUAAAAACUCUUUUGCAUUUUCAUUAAUUUUUGAGGAAAACUCAAAAAAUGGUUCAAAUAUUUUCUCAAAUUUAGGAUUUGAUUCAAUUAAUUUUUCUUUUUCAUUCUUUAUUUCAUUCUCCCAAUCAACGAAUAAAUGUUUAAUAUCUUCUACUAUAUUAGUUCCAUUUACUUCCUCAAUUUCUUCCUCAUCUUCUUCCUCAAUUUCUCCCUUUGCUUCUGUAUUUCCUUCUAUUUCUUCGUCCUCUUCUUCAUUUUCUCCUUCAAUUUCCUCCAUAAUUUUAGGUAAUUUAUUUUCGUUUCCAUUAUUCCCCACUAUAUUUAACUUCAUUUUUAUUUUUCCAUACAAUUUUUCAAAUAAUAUAAAUAUUUUUUUCUUCCCAAAAAUUUCUUUUAUUUUUUUCAUUUCGUCUGAAAUCUCAUUUAAAAUUUCAAAAAAUUCAUUUUCCUUCAAUAAAUUGAAAUGCUCAUUUAAUUCCUAAAAAUAUAUGUAGAGUUUAAAAUAUUUAAUUAUUAAAAAUAAAUAAUUUUUUGACAAAAUUUUAGUGUCAAGGCACCUUCUAAUUUUCAAAUUUUAAUUUUAACUUAUAUAAAUAAAAUUAAUUUUAAUAUAAACAAAAACCUCAAAUUUAUUUACUACAAACCACUCAUUUUUCUUCUCAUUUUCUAUCAUUUUUUGUUUCAAAACUUUAUCGAAAUUUUCAAAUUUCUCGGCAUUAUUUAUAUAUUUAAUAAUAUUUUUGUUCAAUUCUUUAACUUUAGA